AUGGCAACUACUCCUAUUGCAAAGGUUACUACCGCUUCGCUUUCUCAAUUUAACAAGCAUACAAAAUCAUCACAUACCCGUCGAAACCAUAAAACUGUAUCACCCUCAUCUUCCCGUCGUUCUUCAAGUGACACAGUCUCUUCAACAUCAAAGUCAAAGACUGAUGAUGUAUUUGAAAUAGUCUAUGCUGCUCCUUCUGACAUGAUCACUCCUCCACCUUCCCCCAAGUCAUCACCCUCAGCCGCCUCCUUUGCUGCAAAUGAUCGUAUUCUAACUGCUAGACGUCAGGGACAUCUAAAGUAUCUUAUGGCUGAAUAUAAUGCUCUCAAAAAAGAAGGCCUCAUGCUCCAUGAUCACACUUAUAAUCUUGUCUUUGAAAGCUACGCUGCUCUUCGUCGUGAUGGUACUCCUCUCAUUUCCAUGUUAAAGGUCUAUGAUGAAAUGAUUGAAUCUGGCAUUCAACCAAGUAGCUCUACUUACUCCAUCCUCAUUCGUGCUUUGUGCAAGCGUGAUGUAGAAGUCCAAAAAGUCAUUGCUAUGCUUAAACGUCAAAAUGCUCGUUCUUGUAGCAAAUCUUCUAGUAGUAACAUGGCUGAACUUGAAUCCGAGGGAAAUAUUACCAAGGCUCUCUCCAUAUUUGAUGCUGCUGUUGGUCAGGGCCUCGUCCAGUUCUUUGAACCUGAGCUCUAUAAUCAAAUACUACGCGUCUUGUCACACUAUGGAAACACAAAGGCCUCUCUCUAUGUAUACGAGCAGUUAAAUCUUCAUGCUGGUCCUACCUCAGCUACGUUUGCUGCCUUGAUUAAUCUCUUUGGUCGUGUUGGUGAUCUGCCUUCUGCCUUGAAAUACUUUGAAAGAUACUGUGAACUAAAGGAUACUUUUGGUUAUCACGAUGCUUCUUAUAUCUACAAUGCCUUGGUGGAUGCUCACUUGAAGUGUAAUCAUUUAGAGGGCGCCAUGAAAAUUGUAAAAGACGAUAUGCUCAACUGUAAUGUCAAGAUGUCUACCAUACCGUUCAAUUCUAUCAUUCGUUACUACUGCAUUCAUAACAAGAUGGAUGAGGCCAUCGAGUUGAUUGAAUCCAUGAAGCAAUCUUCUCCUGUGCCUGAUGCAAGCAGCUUUGGCCCUAUUCUUUCCACGUAUUGCCAACUUGAUGCUUAUGAUGAAGCUUCCAAGGUCUACAAAGAUCUCAUCAAGACGGAUAUCUCCAAAUCCUAUGGUAAUUUGGCCAAUUAUGCGUUGCUUUGCCUCAAACACGAAUCCGCCAACGUAUUCCUGGUUUUGGAUGACAUGCGCUCUGCUGGACUAGAACCCGACCCAAGUUUGGCUGCACGCAUCAUGACUCAUUUCGCAAAUGCGUCUGAUAUCACACAAGCCCUUCAUUCUCUUCGCAUAAUUUUGGAAACAAUGAAGCCUCGAACGUUGGCCAAAGGAUUCUGCCACAUUGAAAACGCUAGUCUCUCCAUUAUAUCCGCUGCUGAAACUCGCUUUGCUCAAGUUUUCGAAGUCAGUCGCAUCCUUUACCCCUAUUGUCCCCAAGGCUUGCCUUUAUCUAUUGCCAAAGCAUUGGUAAGCAGCUAUAAGGGUGAUAAUGAUCAUAGCAUGCUUCUUCAGCAAAGUGACUACUCCAUCUUGUUUGAUGCUACUUUCUCUGUCUCUUCUGAUUCCUUCCAAUCUAUUGUGUUUGAUCUCUACCAUGAAAUGAUUGAAAAGGGUAUACGAAUCACCUCUGUCUUGAAGGCUCGUGCCUUUUCUCAUUUGCAAGCCCUUGGUGAUAGAAAGGCAAUGAAGGAAUGGAAUUCUCUCUUUGUUGAACGAUCAGAUGAACAAGCUCAGUCUGUUGAAGCUGAAGAAGCCUCCCAGGCUGUCAUGAAGGCUGCUGUUCACGGUCAACUCCAAGAAGCUCUUGAUGUUCUUCGCACUCGUAUCGCUGAGCCUGGGCUUGCCCCUUCUGUUGAACCUUUACGUGAUGCUAUUGCCUUUAUUGGAAAGCAAGGUCAUCUUGAUAUCGCUGUGGCUAUGUAUCGUCUUUGUAUCAAGAGCCUCAAAACAUGCAAUAUGGAGUCUCAGCAGUUAUCCAAGGCCAUAUAUUCCAUGACCAACAGUAUCCUCAUUGGUUAUGCUCAGCAAGGUGAUAUGCUUAACGCCAAGAAAUAUUAUGAACAGAUCAAGCUUAUGGGCAGGUAUCCCGACGGUAACGGUUACGCUAGUCUUCUCUUGGGUAGUGCCAAGUGUGCCACGGACGAAGCCACUGAUGCUCUCUUGAUUUACGACGAAGCCAAGCGUCAUGAUGUGAAGCCCACUACCUUCUUCUACAAUGUCGUAAUCUCCAAACUGGCCAAGGCCCGCAAGUUGGAUAGUGCCAUGAAACUCUUUGAAGAAAUGCAGCAGUUCAACAUUGCCCCUAACUCAAUCACUUAUGGUGCCAUCAUCUCUGCUUGCGUUCGUGCUGGCUCUGAAAGCUUAGCUUGCAAACUUUUUAAUGAUAUGCUUGCUUCCUCUUCCUUUCAACCUCGUGUUGGUCCUUUCAAUAACAUGAUCCAAUUCUAUGUUCGUCAACAGCCCGACCGUGAACGUGCUCUUCAUUACUUUGCUGAACUACGUCGUCGACACAUCAAGCCCUCUCCUCAUACUUAUAAGCUACUGAUGGAAGUCUACUGCAUGAUUGCCCCUUAUGAUAUGCCCACUGCCCACAGUAUGCUCAGCGAAAUGGAACGUCGUGAUAAUAUUCGUCCUCAAGCCACACACUAUGCCGCUUUGAUCUAUUCCUAUGGCGUCUUGCAGCGUGAUAUCAAGAGUGCUAGCCUUCUAUUUGAAGACAUGGAAGAAAAGAGAAUUACCAAGGAUGAAGUUGUUUAUCAAGCCAUGCUCGAUACCUUGGUCAGUAACGAUCGCUUGGAUGAGGCAGAAGAACUCUAUGCUAUGAUGAAGCAAACCAUUCAAAGAAGCUCAUCUCCUUACAUCGAAAAUGUCUUUAUCCGUGGCUAUGGUCAAAAGGGUCUUUUGGAAAAGGCAAAGGCUAUGUUUGAUGCCAUGAGUGAUGACAAGGACUCUGAUCAUGAUUUUGUUGUUAUUCGUGAACCAAGCACCUAUGAAGCUAUGGUUCGUGCCUAUGUUGAAAACGAAAAGAAAGAACAAGCCAAGGCUAUCUUUGAUCUGAUGCUUCAACGCGAGUUUCCUGAGAAAGUGACAGCAUCCGUAGCAGAAUUGGUGUCUGCUUGA